AUGGCAGGAUUUCUCCAGGCCAAUAUGCACAGUAGUGAAGAGGCGAAUGAUCUUCUAUAUCAAAUAGUUUGCGAAAAAAACAUCGAUCUCCUAAUCAUCAGCGAGCAAUACAGGGACAGGGAUUCCCCAACAUGGUUUUCGGACAACCUUGGAACAGCAGCCAUAUGGAUACGAAAUUCAAGAGGAAUACCUGUUGAAGACCAUGGCUCUGGAGACGGUUGCGUCUGGAUCAAGAGCAAAGGAGUCACUUACGUAAGUUGCUACCUCACUCCGAACGAGAGCAUCCAAGAUUUCCAGGAAAAACUCGAUCUACUGGAGGACACUUUACAGGUAGCUGAAGGAAGAAAAGGAACGGCCGGAGAUCUCAACGCAAGGGCGGUGGAAUUAGGAAUGCCCAAAAAAGACCCGCAAGGAAGGCGUAUUCUGGAGAUGGCUGCAAGACGCGGACUGCUAGUGAUGAACACCGGCAAAACAUCAACUAUUAGAAGAGCUGGCAAUGUAGGGACAAUCCGGGACAUUACUCUGGCUUCGGAAGAAGUGGCCCCUCUUAUGGUGAACUGGAAAGUCUUGGAGGACUAUAUUGGAAGUGAUCACUAG